CAGAGAGAGCCCCGAGCUCCGGAGAAACAGCGACUUUGGGAAAGGCAGCACCGGGAACCCGCGGGGAGCGUGUGGAAAAGCGGCGGCUGCGUGAAAGGGCUCGCUGAGUUCACGCUGUGGGUCUGUGGAAAACUGCCGGCUUCAGGCAGCUUCCUGAGACAGCGGCUGAGGUGGCAGAGGAGCGGCGGAUUUGGGACAGCGGUAAAGGAAACCCGGCGGGUGUCUGAGGAGUUGUGGAUUUGCGAAGAAAAACAGCCCAAGUUUCAAAAAGAGCGGGUUUUCGAGGAAAAAUAGAGUUCCGAACCGCGUCGGUGAGGAGGAGAGUGCCGGUGCUGCGAGGACAGCGGUUCCAUGGCUGCGCGGCGCUGGAGGGGUCUCCCCUUUGGGAAUCUCUCGGAUUGUCCCAAUGGCUCCCGCUGGAUCAUGGAUGUGUUCAAUGAGUGUGCUCAGGACAGCCGGGAUGUCGCCAGCAUCGUGCUGGGGCUGGGCUCCAUCGGCUGCUUCAUCGCUGCAGCCUUCCCGCAGUUCUACCAGGCCUGCAGAACGGGCAUCAUGGACCAGGCUCUCUCCAUCUAUUUCCUGCUGGGAUGGCUGGGCGGAGACCUCCUCAACCUCAUCGGUUCCUUCCUGGCUGACCAGCUGCCCCUGCAGGUGUACACGGCCAUUUACUACGUGCUGGCAGACCUGGGGAUGCUCUCCCUCUACUGCUACUACCGGGUGAAGAACGGGGGCAGAGCCUUCCCUGCCCCCAUCAACGCCGCCUUCGUGUUCCUCUCCGUGGGCUCCCUGCCCAGCCUCUCCCUGCUGGGCAGCGCCGAGGAUCCGGGGACCUUCAAAGGGAGGGCUCUGCUGUCAGCCCCCGGGGAGGAGCUCGGACCAAAGCCUUUCUCCAGGACUGAAAUCAUUGGAUUUACCAUCGGCUCCAUCUCCUCUGUGCUCUACCUGUGCUCCAGAGUGCCCCAGAUCUGCACCAAUUACAAGAGGAGAUCCACCAGCGGGGUCUCCUACUCUCUCUUUGCCCUGGUGAUGCUGGGGAAUUCCCUGUACGGCCUCAGCGUCCUCCUGAAGAACCCGGAGCCGGGCCAGGGCCAGGGUGACUACAUCCUGCACCACCUGCCCUGGCUGGUGGGCAGCCUGGGUGUCCUGGCCCUUGACGUGGUUAUCUCCUUCCAGUUCCUGGCGUACCGGAAAGGACGGCCGGGCAGCCUCGAGGAGAGGGGAGCUCUCCUUGGGGAGCAGGAUGGGAGCCCCGAGAGCUGACAGACGAGGAGGAGGAGGAGGAUGCACGUGAGGAAGGAGGCCUUAGGGCUGGGCAGAGCGGCCCCUCCAUGCUGCUGGCUCCUGGCAGAAGAGACCCUGAGCCUGUGGGUGACACCUUGGGCUGCCAAGGCGGUGGCAGAGGAUGCUGCUGGGACACCUCAUGGUUCUUUGAUACCAAUGAUGCUUUCAGGACAAAAGGGAAUUUUUGGAUACCUCAGUUGCUCUUUGCUGCUCCAGUGCCCACAGCUGAGCCUGGUCGCUGCUGCAUCUCCUGAGGGUGAUCUGGAACUUUCCUGGUGCUGUAAAACGUGGGGAGGGGACAGGGAAGGCUGAGCUGCACAGACAUGGGCACCACUGUGACCUCACAACUCUCAGCUCCUUCUGGAACACACAGGACUGGAUCCAGUGGGGAAGGAGCAGCAGAACCAAAGUGUUCAGUCCACACCCAUUUUAAUUAGCGUGGCUCACCCACCUAUAAAACCCAUCCUUCCCCACCUGCCUCCCUUGGUUUCAUUGGGCUGCUUUACCUGGCAGCUCCUGCCUCUCCUAGUGUGUCCCAGUCCCAUUUCUCUGACUUCUCAUUUUUGCCUCACCCAUGUUUUAAUUGCCCAAAUUCCUUGGAGAAGUUGCUCCAUUGCUGUUCCCCAGAAGAGCUGCCUCUCUGCUUGCUCUGGUUUUUGGUUCCUGCCCUCUCUCCUUGAUGAAUUUAUCAACUUCAUGAAUUUAUCCCCAGCACUGCUGAGUUUAUCCCCAGCACUGCUGAGUUUAUUCCCCUCUGGGGCCCUGAACUCAGCACGGUGCUCCUCCACCAGGGAAGGACGGAAGCAGGGGUGCUCUGGGACAAGCUGUGUCCCCCUGAGCAGUGGAGGUGUAGCCAGGCUCCCUCCCCUGUGCUGAGCUCUUCCUGCUGGGGAUGAGCAGCUCAGUCUCCCUGGGAAAAUGAGAGAAACCAACCAAAGCCUAAAACCCUUCAGGAAAAACGAUCACAGCUUGGCUGUGAAAACAAGAGCUUUCCUUUUCCUGCAGCUGGUAUCAGCUCCUCCUUUUGCUUCCCUCUCCCCUCUCCAGCUCCCUUCCUGAUACCCAGCAUUGCACCCCUUUUGGCUUUAGCUCCAUUAUCAUUAAUUUAUGAUUCCUCAGCACGUUUAUCCUUCCCAAGGAAGUUCCUCUGCUUUGUCCUCACAGUGAGGACACCAAUCCAUGGCUCCACAGCUCAGCCUGCAUCUCACAUUAAAUGGGAUUGCAGCUGCCCAGUGCCCACCAGGCUGCACCUGCAGGUUCACUGAAACACAGGCUGGGCCAGGGCUUGGGACUGACCCAGCUGUGUUCAGAAAGGAAACAAAAUUUUCAGUCUCUCUGAGCCCCCUGAACUGAGUGAGGGGGUUUUUACUGGAUGAAUUCAUGAUUCUGCCCCUCCACAUCCACAGGCAAGGGGGCUGCUCACCUCAUCCUGAAGCCAGCAGCAUUUCCUUUCCUGCCUUUCCCUGGGAACUGUAAAACAAUUCCCAUCCAGUUUUAAUCCAAGCCAUGAGCAAAUCCCUCAGCCCUGCCACUCACAACACUAAAUCAUUGUCACAUACCUUUUCCUGCCUUGUCCAGACUUUUCCUAAACCUGGACAAAGAACAGCUAUAAGGAGGAAAUAGCACAUAUAUAUAUCUAUGUAUAUCAUCUAUAUGUAUCUAUAUAUCACAUAUUGUCACAUAUUGAUGUAUCUAUAUAUCACUAUAUUGUCUGUCCCCACAGGUGUACCUGAAGCACGACUUAGGUACAAAGCUGAUUUACUCUGAGUUUAGCAGGGCUGGGCAGGAAGGAGCAAGGCCAGCAGCUCACACAGCUCACACAGCUCAGCCACUGAGGCUGGAAUCCCACCGAGGUUCCCACCCCUGCAGGUCCCUGCUGCAGCCCUGGCCCCGUGUUCAGGAUUUUGCAGAGGAAAACAUUAAAGCAGAAAAGGCCAAGCAGAAACCACCAGCCCUGAGGGUAACUGAGCACCUCACCAGGAGCCUCCCCCUCCCAGAGCUCACACAAACUUCUCCAGCUUCAGAAAAGGUUUGUGUUGGGACAGCGACCAAAUCCCAGUGUGUUCCCUGGGGGAUCCCGUCCUUUCCCAGCCUGUGUCCCACAGGAGCCCCAGGACCUUACACGGGCCCUGGGUAAACUCUGGCCACGUGCAGGGGUCUGGCUGGGACACAGGUCAUGGUACAGAGCAAAUUAGAGCACGUUAAUUAAUCAGUGUCCAUGCCCACAGCCCCCACGUGCAGAGGGUCACACAGAGGGCGAUUCCCAGAGCCAUGGGGAGCCCAGCAGAUCUUUGUGUGCUUUGGUACAGCCAAAGCCUGGAGCAGGCAGGGAACCCAAAGCGGUGCCAGGUCCCUCUGCCCACCCAGGGCUCAGGGGGGGACGCUGGGGGAGGGUCCCAGGUGACACAGGGAGCAGCAGGAUGGGAGGGACCCCCAGCCCAGCACAGCCCCUCUGCCCAGGGCUGCACCCACAGGAGCCCCCGGGCCAUUCUUAUCAACCCAGCACAGCUGGGCAGACCCUGCUCCCCUGAAUCCACCUGGAUCCACAUCUGCUGAUGCCUGGAGCAUCAACCCAGCACCUUGGAACGCCAGCAGAGUAAGGCAGGGCCAAAGGGCACUGGGACAUCACACCCCCCUCCAGACAAACAUUCCUGGAUGCAGGACAAAAACAAACCCCAAGUAACCCUGCAAGGAAGGAAAGAGAAACAAGGAGGACACAAUCACACACACAUCUUCUGGGAUUUUUUUUGUUUUUAUUGUUUUAGUCUUUUUUUUUCCUUUUUUUUUUUUUUCCCAUUUUUUAGUAUGGAGGCUCAAGUAUCAGAUGUCGAUUCAAUUUAAGCUUUACAAAAAAAAAUAAAACAAACCAAAAAAUCGAAACAAAAACCCCUUUUGCAUUCCAUAAAAAUCGACAGAAAAGCGCCUUGGAACCAGGCUAUAGAAGAGCAGAACUUUCAGCAGGUCUCCAAAUCACCAUCUCCUGCACAUCUGGGUUACUCAGCAUCAACCCCAAGGAACAGCCUCUCUUCCCUCCCUCCCUCCAGCCAGCCCCUGUCCCCAGCCCCCAAACAUACGUGGAAUAGAUUAUUUUACUUUUUUUUUUUUUGUUUUUCCAGUUCUUCCUCUUUCACACACCACAGUAUUUAAUAAAUUUUUUGUUUUACAUUUUUUACACCAAUGUAACAAAAGGCAGGAGGGGGUGAGGGAGAAAAAGACAAACAAUGAUCUGUGGUGAUGCAUAUAAAUGGGGGAGGUGG